AUGGCCCAGAGAGUAGGAGUCCCCUUCCUUGUAAGUAGAAGGCAUUCGUCGGCCCCGGCGGCAGCCGAGCUGCCCAGUGAGCGGUUCCCCUGCCAGCAUGAGGUACAGCCGCCCCCAUCUCAUCCCCUUAUAUAUAUAUAGGCUGUCUCCUUGAAUUGUUUCCAUAAAUGGAAUUCAUGAUUGACAUGGGUCCUAUUUUCUUUUCUUUUCUUUUCUUUUUGAAAAAAAAAGAGGAGGGGUGAGCUGUGUAAGACGCUGGAGAAGCGGAACAUACUGGACCACAAGCGGCGGCUGCUGGCGGCGAAGUACGAGCUGAGGCGGAAGCUAUACAAGGCGGUGUGCCGGGACCCGGAGCUGCCGGCCGAGCUGCGGGAUCGGCACCGGUGCAAGCUGUCGAGGUUGCCCAGGAACAGCUCCUUCGUGCGGGUGAGGAACCGGUGCAUCUCCACCGGCCGCCCCCGCGCCGUGCUCAGGCUCUUCCGCAUGUCUCGCAUCACCUUCCGGGAGAAGGCCUCCCAGGGAGCCCUCAUGGGGGUCAAGAAGUCCUCCUGGUAG